GAACAUAUAUUUUUAGCAUAUAUUUAAGUAACAAAGUUUAAGAUUUUUAUUUCAGUCAUAAUGAACACAUCAAAAUUAUAUGUCUAAUUGAAAAUGUCUAAACCCACAACAAUAAAAGAGGCCAUCACCAAUUGGCAAGAAAAAUUCAAACAAGCUGCAUCUGAAGCUCAUGACGUCAGUCUACAAUUGCAAUGGCCACCGAUUGAAAAAAUGGAUUCCAGUUUGAGUGAACUGAAAGAAUGUCGGAAACUUAGUCUUUCCACAAAUGCUAUUGAGAAAAUCACAGGUCUGAGCUCUUUAACGAAUUUGAAGAUACUUGCCCUUUCACGAAAUAGAAUCAAACAUUUAACUGGUAUUGAGACAUUAGCCAAUACGUUAGAGGAAUUAUGGAUUAGUUAUAAUUUAAUUGAAAAUUUAAAACCAAUUGAAGCGAUGAAAAUACUACGAGUAUUUUAUGUAUCACAUAAUAAUGUUAAAGAUUGGAUGGAAUUUAAUCGUAUGGCUGUUCCACCAUUGCAAGCAAUUUCUUUUGUUGGAAAUCCAUUACAAGAAACCCUGACUGAUGACGCGUACAAAGCUGAGGUAAAAAGGCGUCUACCCAGAGCAACGACAUUAGAUGGUGAUCCGUUAAUACGUUAGAGAGCAACAGUAAUGAGUGGUAACCCAAGUUAACGAGCUUAAAUUGUGAUUCUUCAAUAUGAAUCCAUAACGCGAAAUCCUAUCUCGAAAACUGUCUUCAUUCUGCAGUGAGUCAGACAUGUUGUUGGUUUCAUAUAUAGCAAUUUAUAACGAACAAUAAGUUUUCCCUGGUGGUAAUAGUUUAAAUAUAGAUAAAAAGAAGAACAUUUGGACGUAAUUGUUUAAUACAAAUAAAGAAAAGUUGUUAGAAUUAUAAAGCUUUUUAUUCUAUUUAUAUAAGUAAGCUGAAUUUGUCUGAUUCAACAUUAAUCAAUUACAAACUGCUCUCAUUUGGAACGCGUAGCAGAAUCUAAACAACAGCUGAUUUUGUUGUUUGAAGAAAUGCAUUGAGAAGAGGAAACAUGUGGUUCUUAAAUUUCUGUAAGGAUUUUUUUAUAAUGGAAUUGAAACGUAACAGCAAAAAAUCUAGAUUUUAGAUUCUUUGAUAAUAGUAUGAUACCGGUUGUUGUUGUUGUAACCCGCCGGAACCUGCUUGUGGUCCCAUCCCAUUGGGGGAUGUUGAACGAUUCUUGGUCGUCGUUGAUGACGACUGGCUCCGGAAUGUAGACCCGACUGUUCUUGGAAUCUUUUCGGUAUCAUCGAUAUGGUGAAUUACGUGAUUAGUUACAUCUGCAGCCUUCACAACAGUACCGGUAUAUUUGAACUACAAAUCACAGUGAAACUGACAAGUUAGAGAAACGUGUUGAAAGAAGGUGCGGCAUUAGUUAUUCGGAAAACUAGAGCUCAAAUUAAAAAUGCGGAACAAAUAGAGCAAAGUCUGAUCGCUGUUACAAAAAAUAAUUAGCUUGAUAGAAAGAAGGAACAAAACCGAUUAUAUUGGCUAUUAUUACCUUUAUUGCCAAACUUUAUGUCUCUGUUAAUAAAUUGAGAGCCUAAGUGCGACAUUCUUUACUUGAUCGAAUAAUUUCUGAAUUCAU